AUGGCCGGCGAGCUGGGCGUGGGGCCGGGGGUGCUGGCGCUGCUGCUGCUCUGGGCCAUGGCGCUGCUGCUCGUGAUGGCGCUGGGCCGCGCCGGUCGCGCCCGGGUCGGAGCGGUGCCGGUGCUGCUCGGAGCCGCCGCGCUCACGGCCGCGCUGCUGCUGUUCCCCCGGGAGGGCGAGAGCCCGGGCCCCGCCGGCGCUGAGGAGGUUGUGGACACCUUCCUCAUCGGGCGCUUCAUCCUCCUGGCUGUGAUGAGCCUGGUGUUCCUGGGGUGCCUGUUCCUGUUCCUCAUCUACCACCUCAUGGAGCCUGUGUAUGCCAAGCCUCUCCACAGCAGAUAGAGACAGCAAAAAGGACAUCCUGGUACAUGGGAAUAAACCAGGAGACACCAGGAGCUGCUCUGGAGGUGACCCUGAUGUUCUUAGAGCCAGCAAAGCUAGAGAAGCCUUUGCUUCAUCUUAAAAAAGCAAAGUUUGGUCUGAGCAUGAGCUCCUUCCUCCCCAGGGGUUCAAGCCUGUGCACCUGCAAAGGUGUGUGAGCCUCUGAAUGCUGCUCUCGUUUGCAGAGAGCUGAGAUCCAGCACUUGGUGCUGCUCCUGGUUCAGUGCUGAACCGAGGUGGUUUGUUAUUGUUACCCACAGGAGAUGGGCAGAGCAAACAAACAAACAAGUAACACACAAGAGCAGUUUGUUACUGCUCCUUUUUCACUGUGGUUUAAUAAAAGUCUUUGAGAAA